AUGACACCUUGCAAGGCCUUGGGUCCAAACGGUUUUACAGCGGGCUUCUACCAAAAAGCUUGGAGCAUAGUUGGGGGCAGCCUUUUGAAGUUAGUGCAAAAGUUUUUCGAGGAUGGCUUUUUACCGGAGGGAACCAAUGACACGUUCAUCUCACCAAUCCCGAAGGUGGAUAACCUAGAAGUUGUGAAGCAAUUUAGACCCAUCGGUCUUUGUAAUGUACAUUACAAGCUAAUUACCAAGUCAAUGACAUCUAGGAUGAAAAACAUUUCUAGGAAACUGGUUGGACAGAAUCAAACAAGUUUUGUUCCAGGAAGGUCAAUCACAGAAAAUAUACUAGUAUAUCAAGAAGUUUUACACUCCAUGAGAACUAGAAGAGGAAAUUUAGGUUGGCUGAUCAUGAAGAUCGAUCUAGAGAAAGCAUAUGAUAGACUUUCUUGGAGUUUCAUAUAUGACACUUUGAAUGACAUUGGGUUUAACCAUGCUUGGAGAAGAAAUAUAAAUGAAUGCAUCUCAACUUCAAGAUUGUCAGUUCUUUGGAAUGGUCAACAUACGGAGUGGUUCAGGCCAGGAAGGGGAAUUAGACAGGGAGACCCCUUAUCCCCUCUUCUUUUUGUUUUGUGCAUUGAAAGGUUUAGUCACAUUAUUCAAGAAUCAAAACUUGCUGGUAGAUGGAAGGGUAUUUCGAUUGCUAGGAAUGCUCCUCUUAUCUCCCAUCUCUUUUUUGCAGAUGACCUUAUACUAUUUGGGGAAGCGACUCUGGAACAAGCUGUGGAGAUGAAGAAUUGCCUGGACUGGUUUUGCUCUCUAUUUGCAACGGUGACAGACCUGGGAAACUACCUUGGUUUGCCAUCACAACAUGGGAGGCUGAAGAAGGAAUCAUUUGCGGGGUUUCUCGAAAGGAUGCAGACAAUCGCAGAUCUCUUUCUUUCGCAGACAACUCUAAUGUCGGCUGGUCUUAUUGAUUCUAUGGAAAAGCUCAUCAAAAACUUCCUAUGGGGUAGUAAAGUAGGUGAAAGAAGGUGCAACUUGGUCAAAUGGGAUAUGGUGACAAAUAACAAGUCUUCUGGUUGGCUAGGCAUCCGAAAACUCGAACCAAUGAACCGCGCCUUCCUAGCCAAACUGGGCUGGAAAUUACUACAAAAUGACAAUUGUCUUUGGACAAAUAUUUUCAGAGCUAAGUACUCAGCUUCAUCCAUGGACUACUCUACAUGGAGAUCUAAGGCUAAUAGCUCCAACACUUGGAGAGGCAUCCUUAGAGCUAGACCCAUUCUUCAGGAAGGAAUUAGGAAGCAAGUGAGAAAUGGAAAAGGGACAUUAUUUUGGCAGGACAAGUGGAUUGAGGAUAGACCUUUAAAGGACAUGGCAGUUGCCGAGCUGGCUGAUCUGGAAUUAGGGAGAACGGUUGCGACAUUUAUCAUCUUUGACGAACCUGAAGCUAAUGAUAGUAUUGGAUGGUCUAAGGAUAUAUCUGGGAUCUUUACAAUAAGCUCUGCUUAUGAUAUAGCGACUGGUGCAUCAUCUUUGACAGAAGCAGCUAAGUGGAACAGCAUAUGGAAGCUAAAAGUUCCAAAUCGCAUCCGCUCAUUUCUAUGGCUAGUUGCUCACGGGAGAAUCAUGACAAAUAGCAAUAGGGUGAAGAGGGGACUGACUACCUGCGACAAGUGCUGGGCAUGUGACGAUCUAAUCGAAGAUGUGGACCAUGUUCUGCGAUCUUAUCCUGCAGCAAAGGAUCUUUGUAAAGCAGUUUUCCCAGAUUCUUUUCAAAGAAGAAGCAUGUUACCUUUCUCUAUAUGGUUACUAGAUGGUUUAGCUAGCAAAAGUGAUGGCAAAGGACCACUCAAUGCAAGCUCCCUGUUUGCCAUCACAUUGUGGUGGAUUUGGAAAUGGCGCAAUGAAGCUGUGUUUAACAAUAAUGUGAAACCUCUCUGUUUUAAAAUUUCGUGGGUCAAAGCACAGUAUGAAGAAGUGAACAAUGCUUUCAUGAAAGGCAAGGGUCUAAUGAAUACACAGAAUUUACCAGCUUGGAGGCAGCUUCGUUGGGAAAAACCACAAGAAGACUUUGCUAAGCCUAAUGUGGACGGGUCUGUCCAGUGCUAUACCAACAAAGCCAGCUGUGGCGGCUUAAUUCGCGACAGUUCUGAAUCUUGGAUCCAAGGUUUUGUUUAUAAUAUUGGGAGUUGCUCUCCCCUUGAAGCUGAGGCUUGGGCUAUUUUGAAAGGAGUACAGCUAGCCAUUCACAUGGGAAAUAGUAGGAUUAUUAUUGAAAGUGAUUCUGCAGACGCCGUCAAAUUCAUCAAAGGUGGCGCCCCUCUCCGUAUUCCGACUCACAAUAUUCUGGCAGCCUUAUUCAGCGGUUUUCAAUACUGUUCUUCCUGUUAUUACUUUGUUCAAUCUCACUUCUUGCUAAGUGUUUCAGAAUGGAAAGAUUCAGGCCACUUCUCCAGAUUACAGGUGACAACUACGCAUAUUAGAAGGCUUGAACAAGAACUCAUCUUAAAGCUCAUGGAGAUCAGGUUUGGCGGGAUGUACUUACUGGUAUUGAUUGUGCAAAAACUGCGUGGGAAAUACUCGAAACCACAUAUGAAGGUACGAGUUCAGUCAAAGCUCCAACUGGUAUCUCAGAAGAAUAUGCAAAACAACAAACAUAAAAAAGGCACAAGCUUAAACAUGUCAAAAACUGGCGCAAAAAAUGUCGUGUCAAACUCGAAACCUGCUACUUCACGACCAGCCCGCUCCAAAGAAAAAUUAAACAAAGGAAUAAGAUGUUAUGAGUGUGAGGGCUUCGGUCAUGUUCGAGCUGAAUGUCCAACUUACCUUAGGCGAAAGAAGUCCAUGACAGCCACAACUUGGAGUGAUGACGAACCUGAAUCAGAAACUGCUGACUCUGACGCAGAAGAAAUGUUUGGUAAUUUUGUAGCCUUUACUGCUAGGAGUACCACAUGCUCUGAACCUGGGGAUGCAUCUGACACAGAGGAUGGUGACUACAACUCGGCAGAAGACCUUGAAAUACCAGAUUUAUCUUACGAAGUAGAGUUUAACAAGCUGUAUCCCAAAUGGGAAGAAAAAAUUGUCAAAAAAAAAUCCUACGAUCCUUUCCUCCGAGAUUUAGGAUGA